CGUCGUGAAGUUUCCUGCUGCGUUGAAGGACUCCCGGCGAGAGUCUAAAACUACAAUUUACAAUGUCAAACGUCUCAAUGUGUCGGUGUAAAAAGAUGUACAUUGUAGUCGACGUUUCAUAUGAAUGGUAUUAAGUUAACGGUAACGACGGUAUAAUCGCGCGUUAUUGUGAAAACAGAACAAAGCUUUUCCCGGUUGCGUUUCCCUGAAGCUGCGCACAAGCCGCGCAGCUUUGACGCUCGCGGGCUUCCGCCGUCAUAUUCGAGGACAUGGGACCGUGAAAGUAUGGCGGAUGCCGAGGAGCCGGAGAAGAAAAGAAGGCGAAUAGAGGACCUGACUGAGAAGUUAGUGACGAAAGCUAAUGAAAGGUCUCUGCCCGGCAGCAGAAUGGCUGUUGACGGUGGCGCCUGCGACUGGGACGGCCGGUGGAAUCACGUGAGAAAGUUUCUGGAGAGACCUGGACCGUUCACGCAUCCUGACUUUGAGCCGAGCACAGAGUCUUUACAGUUCCUGUUGGAGACGUGCAAUAUUUUGGUGAUCGGCGCAGGCGGGCUUGGAUGUGAGCUGCUUAAAGAUUUGGCUCUGUCUGGGUUCCGCCUCAUUCAUGUGGUCGACAUGGAUACUAUUGACAUGUCCAACCUGAAUAGGCAGUUUCUUUUCAGGCUUAAAGAUGUUGGACGACCAAAAGCAGAAGUGGCGGCCGACUUUAUUAACAGUCGCAUCCCUGGAUGUAACGUUGUCCCUCACUUCAAAAAAAUCCAGGACUUUGACGAGUCCUUCUACAGGCAGUUCCACAUUAUUGUCUGUGGGCUGGACUCCAUCAUCGCCAGACGAUGGAUGAACGGCAUGCUGAUAUCGCUUCUGAGCUACGAAGAUGGAAUACUAGAGCCCAGCUCCAUCAUCCCCCUUAUUGACGGCGGCACAGAGGGCUUUAAAGGAAAUGCUCGUGUCAUUUUGCCUGGCAUGACGGCGUGCAUUGACUGCACACUAGAGCUGUACCCCCCGCAGAUUAAUUUCCCCAUGUGCACCAUUGCGUCCAUGCCGAGGCUUCCUGAGCAUUGCAUAGAAUAUGCCAGAAUGUUGCAGUGGCCGAAAGAAAAGCCAUUUGGAGAAACAAGUUUAGAUGGAGACAAUCCCGAGCACAUCCAGUGGGUGUUUGAGAGAGCGCUAGAGCGAGCCGCACAGUUCAACAUCACAGGAGUCACGUACAGACUAACGCAAGGAGUUGUGAAGCGGAUCAUUCCUGCCGUGGCAUCAACUAAUGCUGUUAUCGCUGCUGCAUGUGCAGGUGAAGUUUUUAAAAUUGCUACAAGUGCAUAUAUUCCUUUAAAUAAUUAUCUGGUCUUCAAUGAUGUGGAUGGACUCUACACUUACAGUUUUGAAGCUGAAAGAAAGGAAAAUUGUUCAGCAUGUAGCCAGGUGCCUCAGGACCUCCAGUUCCCACCGUCUGCAAAACUACAAGAGGUUUUAGAGUACCUGACAGAAAAUGCCUCCUUACAAAUGAAAUCUCCAGCUAUCACCACAACUCUGGAGGGCAAAAAUAAGACUCUAUACCUGCAGUCUGUUAAAUCAAUCGAGGAACGAACCAGGCCAAACCUCUGCAAAACUUUGAAAGAGCUUGGCUUGUCGGACGGACAGGAACUAGCCGUGGCAGACAUCACCACGCCUCAGACUGUCCUCUUUAAGCUCAAUUUCACUGCCUGAAUGCCAUUUGGAAUGCAAAGCACUGAUGUGAUGUUGGACUUCCUUUGUCACAAUGUUACUGUAGCGCAUUUGAUAUGAGUGUAAAUAGGACAAGUACAUUUUCACUUGUGCGAAAGCAUUAGGAAUAUUGUUUACUCGUGUGUGUGUGUGUGUGUGUGUGAGUGUGUGUGUGCGUGUGCGUGUGUGUCCGCGUGCGUGUAUCCUCACAUUGUUGCUCUUUUUGUCGUCAAACGAGAAUAAUGAUAUACUGUAAUCCAGGUACAUUAUUGUCAACAUAGAAGCUUUAUCAGAUCAGCAGCUGAUCAGCUUCACAUGUUUGCUUCAUGACCAUCUUUUUAAGAUGAGUACUGCAGUAUUUGAUUUUUGUGGCAGAAACAUUUUGAUCUGAUCUUUUUGAACACUUUCAAACUCAACCUCAGACAAGAAACUCCAAUAGGUAAACAUUUUAUUCACCUUUCAACUCAAACCCCUGCAUUCCUAAUUAUAUUUGGAAUCUGAUGAAAUGAAUGUUUCAAAAGAUUGGAAGGGCCUAAAAGAAUAUGUUCCAAUAGAAGACUUGAGACAGAAUACCAUAAUUGAUCUGAACAAAAAGGCGUACAUACAUGUGGCGUAUACAAGGUGUUUAGAACUAAAGGCGGACAUUUUUCAUCAUGUUUUUUUAUUUUAAUAUUUUUGUUACUUAAGAAGCUUGCUUGCCUGAGAAGUAUCUAUUCAGAUUUGUAGAAGUUCCAGGGUAACCUUGAAAAUACUCUUAAUACACUACUGUAUUGUCGAAAAUAUCUACUUAAAUUAAAGGAAACCAUGCAGAAAAUGUCA